CGAAUCUCGCGCACGGCCAGCGUCAUUCAUCGUCAAACCAUCCGUGUGGUGCGUUCGUUUAUCGAGCCGUUUCGGGAUUGUCCCUCCCCCCAAUCACAACUGGACCAAAGUUGUUAACCGUCGCUUUGCCAGAACCCACUGUGCGUGCCACCUUCCCCCACAAACACACACCAAGAUGCGCUCGUUCACCGUCGUUGCCGUGCUGGCCCUCAGCUUCUGCUACGUCCAGGCCGCCGAUGAGGCUCCGGCCACGAAAGAUGCGGCCGCCGCCGCCGCCCCGGCCGAAGGUGGAAAGACCUACAAGCGACUCAUCCCUGCCGACGUUCUGCGAGACUUCCCCGGCAUGUGCUUCGCCUCGACCAAGUGUGCCACCUUCGAGCCGGGCCAGUACUGGGAUCUGACUCCGUUCUGCGGCCGUUCCACCUGCGUGCUGUCGGACGACGCUCAGCCACGCCUGCUCGAGCUGGUAGAGGACUGCGGCCCGCUGCCACUGGCCAACGACAAGUGCAAGUUGGACACGGAGAAGACCAACAAGACGGCCCCGUUCCCAGCCUGCUGCCCGACGUUCACCUGCGAGCCGGGCGCGAAGCUGGAGUACCCCGAGAUCAAGACUGCCCCCGAGUCGACCUCGGAGCAGUCAGCCAAGAACUAAGUGAUCGCCACGGGCCGGCCACUACAGUAACCAUCUUAAUCAAUUAGCAUGCGGACAUGCUCCUAUCCUAAGCAGUAGCGAAGCGAACAGUGUUUGAAGAAAAAGAUGAAAAAAGAUGAUCCUCAAAUAACAUAACCACUGAAAAAAGAAGACAAAAAAAACACAACAAAAAUCGAAAACUCCCUUACAAAUUCUUUUUUUAUAUUUUAUUGUGUUUGUUACCCUUAACAUCACCGAUCCGCUUUCAUCCCCCGCCCCCCACCCAACACGACAUAGAUUGAUCCUCGACAGUAACAGCAAGCAGUAUAUGAACCAUUAGUCAAGUUUGUGAUAUUAGAAGUAUAUAUUUAUCGGGAGAGGAAACGCACUAAGAUGCAAACGAUAAACAACAAACCAACAAACAAAAAUACAGCAUAAAACAUCACAAUCCUGUAAGUUUCAACAGAAACUAUGAUAGAGAGAGAGCGUAUAUGAGAAAAAAGAGAGAGAGAGAUAGAAGCUAGGAUUCACCUUUCGUAGGUGCAGUAGUACAGUAGUGGAAAAACAGUAGAUUACUACUACCGGACAUGCGAGUUCUACUACAGGCUUCCCUGUAAGGGGGAUGUACCAUGACAAAUGAAACUCCUCGAUGUUCUGUUGUGAUUUUUCUUUCUUUCGAUCUACUUCUCAACCUGGGCGUUACUCUCUCCCUCUCUCCCUCUCGCUCAUUUGUUCACUCUCUUCAUCAUCCCACAUCUUUCCGGUGCAGACAAACGAUCAUGUUGUAUUGCGCAAUGCAAUAAGUUUUGUAAUUUUUUAUGUUUUUUUCUUUUUCGAACAAUCCGUUUUCAAAUAAAAUCAGCUGAAUUAAAGUAAAUCCAA